AUGGCCGAGCUGGAAGGGAAGGAGUCUCUUCCAGGGUGUCCCCGCUGCUCCUCCAUCACCCUCUUCAGUCAGAAACCUGUCCAGCUGAGGCUGGUGCUGGGUCUUUGGGAAGACCACCUCCCAUACGAGGAAGCCCACUGCCUAUGGUGGGCUGCUGGGAUCGAACCUGCCUGUCAGGAGACUUUAGAGAUGAAGUUUCAAUCCCUGGGUCAAGAAUAUCUCCUGGAGGAGAGCAAGGCAACCCACCCCAAUAUUCUUGCCAGGAAAAUCCCAUGGACAGAGAAACCUAGUGGGUUACAGUCCACAGGGUCUCACAGUCAGACACAACUGAAGAGACAUAGCACAGCGAAAAUGUUUUUGGUCGGCACAGGAGUGCUACAAACAAAGCUAGUGGAGGUGAUGGAAUUCCAGUUGAGCUAUUUCAAAUCCUAA